AUGGAAUUGUUUGUCGACAGUCAUAAACCUUAUGUUGUCAAUGACGAGCUUUAUAUAAGCCAGAUAUUUGAAAUUUGCCUAAUUGGCAAUCUGAAGUCAAAAUCAGAGUGGCUUAGCUUUGUAGCAAAAAAUACAAGUGGAGGAGGUGAAGUACAAUAUAAUGUUGAGAUCAUUCCAAAUGAUAAGGCCAAAAAGAAAAGCGAGUUUUAUUAUUGGGACUUCGACAAUUUUCUCCCUUACUUACUUUAGUUAAUAAUAAAAAACUGGCAGAUUUAAAAAAUUGCUAUAUUUAUCGUCUUUUAAUUAAUCUAAAAACAUUUUAUUAAAAUCUUCAUACGAAUCCGCGCUUAUAGACUUCUAUCAUCUCAAUAUCUCCCAAGAUAACCAGAGAAACCAAAGUUUUAAUUAUCAGUUUCGACAGAAACAGGUAAAUUGCCAAUGCCUUGACUAUUUUGGGAGAUAUCAUGAUAAUUAAAAUACAUUAGCAUAAUAGUGAAAAUAAUUAAUAAAUUCCUAAUUAAAGCAAGCAAAAAUAUUGUUCUUUAUUAUUUAAAGAUAAGUUAGUCGACGUGCAGCAAGAUCUUGAUCAUGUAAAUCGAGGAGCUGCAGAAAAAAUUUGGGCUUUCUUAGUUGAUUUCACUGAAAAUCGCCCGAUCUUGAAUGGCGAGGACGAGUAUGAAUCCAUAUUUGAGUCUUUUGACGAAAACAUAACUCAAAGGUUUACUGAUGCUCAAAGUUCUCUAGCUUGUGAGGGAGAUUUGAGUAUAUCAUCGUCAUCUUCAGAAGAUAGUUUAUCGAUAGGAAACUUUCUUUAUGAAGAUAGGGAAAAGUAUUGGAUUGUAAGAUUCCAAAUGUUCCAAGCUGCAGAAACUGAUCUGAGCUGUUAUAUAUAUAAAAAUUAUAAUCAAACAAAAAUACCUAUAGCAAAAAAGAAAUGCUUAUCCUCAGUUGUAGAAAGAUUCUUACCAUUAUAUAAUAAGAUUAUUGACCUAAGAAAAAUAAAAGUAUCCUCAAUGCUUGAGAUAAAGUUGUUUAGCAGAGAAGAGCAAUCAACCGAAGAUUCCUGGCAUGAGAGCGAGGAUAUUAAUUGCUGCUUCUGGGAAAGACAAAAAGUCGGAGCCCUUUUUGAUAGGCUAUUACAUUUCAAAGCCAUUAAGGCAGCCAGCGGUGGUGAAGCUUUUAAAAUAGAAAAUUUUAAGAAAUUCAACAGCAUUACCUCAAUUUAUGGGUAA